CGAUGAACGCUUGAGCCGACAUCUCUAAUCUGUCAUAAGUAAAUACUGAAUUUCUAACAAAAUUAUAGCUUUUCAAUCAAAGGGUUUGAUAUUGUAAACCGUUUUAAGGUGAAAUAAUUGGACGUGUACGGCUACGCCCAGUUUCGUAUUUUCCCCGAUUGUUUGAUUGUGUUCAACAUAGGCCUAUCAGAUACUGCCGUUAUGGAUAUGAUGGUGUCAACGUUGCAACAGCAGCGUGCUGUUACAGAACAGUUGCGAAGGGAAGCUGCCAUUAAGCGUAUUCCUGUCUCUGUUGCUGUAGCUGACAUUGUAAAGUACAUCAAUGAACAUGAACAAGAGGACUGUUUACUUGUUGGUUUCUCAAGCCAAAAAGUAAAUCCCUUCCGUGAGAAGAGUUCUUGCACUGUUCUAUAAAAUUUAUGUAUAUUUAUGUUGAUGUCAAAAGUUGAAAAUUGAAUAUUAUCACAUCAUUGCAUUAGUAAAUAACUAUACAUAAUAUAAAAUUCAAUAAUAUGAAAUGUAUAACUUGUCAGGUCUGAUUGACUGACCUGAAUUGAAACAUCUAUGGGAUAAAAUAUUACCUGCAUUGUUAAAAUUUAUUAAACCCACAAUAUUUAUGUCAUAUAGCACAGUUGUCUUUUUAAAGUGCUUAUAUUUCGAUUCUGUAUUAUAUUGUAAUAUGUCAAAUCAUACUAUUUUGAGGUGUCCAAUUGGAGGUUUACUUAUAACUUUUAAACUAUGUGUUUUACAGUGCUACAGUAUAUAAAUAUUUUCAUUACACAAUACAAAUUAAUGAAAUA